AUGAUUUUAGAUGCCGUUGGAAUCGUUUGCGGAGACUUGAAGCAGUCUACAAAGUUCUACGGUCUGCUUGGACUUGAGUUCCAAAGUGCUGGUGGUCCCGAACACUUGGAGGCUACCACUCCCACUGGCCUUCGUCUUAUGCUUGAUUCCGAAGAUCUCAUGAAGAAAAUCAACCCUGAUUUUGUCAAACCAACUGGCUCUGGAAUGACCUUGUGUUUCAAGCAAGAAUCUGCUGCCGAGGUCAAUAAAGUCUAUGACAGUGUCAUCAAGUCUGGAUAUGUUGGUACCAAGGCUCCAUACGAUGCCUUUUGGGGUCAACGUUAUGCUUCCAUCAAGGAUCCGGAUGGAAACCCAAUUGAUCUCUUUGCGGACCUGAAUUAA